UCACAUUUGAGUCCAUAAAUCCCGAAAUUGUCUGAUCAUCGAGGUCGUUUUAUGAUAAGGUGCUAUAGAGCCAUCUCCGGUCCAGUUAUGUCGAAGAGCUGACUUGUAUUUUGGACUUUGAAACAGACUCUCAAAUAUAAACCUAGAAGUCUUGGACUACCUCACACCUGCACACACUCAUCAGUCAGAGAUGGACACGUGGGCUUUUUUAACCAUUCUGCUUGCCUUUGCGCAUUAUGUGUCUGGACAGAGUGCCAUAAGGUGGUGCGCUAUUUCCCCCGCGGAGGAGUCCAAGUGUAAAGCCAUGGCUCAGGCCUUCACAAACGCCGCAAUUCGGCCAACACUGCGCUGUGUUCUGGCCUCAUCUAAAUCCGAAUGCGCUGAAAAACUCACCAAAAAUGAAGUUGAUGCUUUUUCAGCCAGUGUUAAAGACAUAUAUGACAUUGCUAAGCAAGCUAGCUUCAAAAUCGCAGCUGGAGAGUCUGCAGGAGAUGGGAAGGGAAUAACGUACUAUGCUGUUGCUGUGGUUAAAAGGAAAAAUUCAGCCAUCAGCAUCAACAAUCUAAAGGGGAAGAAGUCUUGUCACACUGGCAAGCACCGCACAGUUGGCUGGAAUGUCCCUGUUGGGUAUUUGAUUGACAGUGGAAGGAUGUCUGCUAUGGGGUGUGACAUUGCUCAAGGGGUUGCUGACUUCUUUAACGCCAGCUGUGUCCCAGGGGCUAAGGAUGACCCUGCAUCCCUGUGUCAGCUGUGUGCAGGAGACGGGUCAGGAAACUUUAAGUGUGAUGAAAACACCAAUGAGAAAUACUAUUCAUAUGAUGGGGCAUUUAGGUGCUUGGUUGAGGAUGCAGGGGAUGUUGCCUUUGUGAAGCACACCACUGUAGGCGAGAACACUGAUGGUAAGGGGGACUCAUGGACUCAAGGCUUGCACUCAGAUGACUAUCAGCUCCUUUGUCGGGACGGCACCCGCAGUCCAGUCAAUGAUUAUGAGAGAUGCCAUCUGGCUCGGGUGCCAUCAAGAGGCAUAGUUGUACAUAAUGACAUCAGCAGUUCGGUGGUUUACAACAUGUUGCGUGAGGGACUGCAAAAGUCUGGGUUCUCCAUGUUCUCCUCGGCAUCCUUCUCUGGGAACGACCUGUUGUUCAGUGACGCUUCAACAACUUUUAUCUCAGCUGGACAUGAAAACUAUAUUGAGUGGAUGGGCCGAAGAUACUAUGCCAUAUUAAGAGCUAUAGACUGCUCAGAGUCUGAUGUUCCCUCUCAUCUCACCUGGUGUGUCCUUUCUCAUGGAGAGCAGCAGAAAUGCGCAGACAUGGCCGUGGCUUUCAAAAGCAAAAACAUUAUUCCUGAUAUUAAGUGUCUCAACGGCAAAUCUGUGGAGGAUUGUAUGCAGAAAAUUAAAAACAAGGAAGCUGAUGCCAUCACUCUUGAUGGAGGCUACAUCUACACAGCAGGAAAGAGUUUUGGGCUGAUACCUGCUGCUGGGGAGAGCUACACAGGAGACACUGAUGGCAGCAUUUAUUAUGCCGUAGCUGUGCUGUGGAAGAGAAACGGAGACAUCCAGAAACUCAGUGACCUCAAGAAUAAGCGCUCUUGUCACACAGGUUAUGGCAGGACUGCAGGCUGGAACAUUCCCUUGGGUGUGCUCAUAGAAAAAGGCAUUAUCAGACCACAGAAAUGCCAACUGGCCAAAGCUGCUGGGGAGUUCUUUAAUUCUGCCUGUGUUCCUGGAGCCAAUCAGGAUGGUAUCCCCAGUAACCUUUGUGAGCAGUGCAUCGGAGACUCCAGUGGUCAAAACAAGUGUGUCAAGGGCAAGGAUCUGUAUGAUGGUUACAAUGGAGCCUUCAGGUGCCUCGUUGAAGAUCAUGGUGAUGUGGCCUUUGUCAAACAUUCCACUGUUUUCCAGAACACAGAUGGAAAUAAUACAGAGCCUUGGGCAGUAAACUUGGACUCCAGGGAGUUUCAGCUGCUUUGCUCACAGGAGUCUCGUGCUGAAGUCACUCAGUAUAGUAAGUGCAACCUGGCCCGUGUCCCCUCCCAUGCUGUUAUGGUACGACCCGAUAUAAACCACCACCUUGUCUUUGGUCUUCUGGACAAAGCUCAGGAAUUCUUUGGAGUUAAUACUGUCUCAGGAUUUAAGAUGUUUGACUCCAAAGCAUAUGAGGGAUCAGACCUGAUUUUCAAGGACUCAACAAUCUCUUUGAUUGGCGUGGAUGAGAAGAAGACUUACGAGGAGUGGCUUGGCCAAAGUUAUCUGGAUGCGGUGAUGGCCAUGGAGUGCUCAGCGUCCUCAACAGUAUUUUCCUCAUCUUCACUUUUACUGAUGAGCAUUGCAAGCUCCCUGGUGUAUCUGUUGGCUUUGUAGCAGGUCUGCCAGCCAUGACAUGGGCCUUCGGUGGUGUCAUCUUUUCCUGAAUCUGACCAUCCCACCAAUUCUAAUAUAUUUACCAUUUCACUGACUUAAGCAGAAUCUAAAGCUUUUUUCAAGUUUAAAUGAUUGAAAUGCACUAAGCAAUACGUGGGCUAAAUUCUUUUUUAACUAGAAUCAUAACAACUUGUUAUUUUCAAGACCAUCUCUGUUAUUUCUGAAUGCUGUGGGCAAUAGCCAUAUCAGUGCAUAUGCUUUGCCUGUUACAUAUUUAUUGCACAAUGUUUAUUCCCACUGAUAAAGGCUACAUUUUAUUAUUUUAUGAGCUACUUGAAGGCACAGGCCAUAUCAGUGAAUAUGCUGUGUCUAGCACUUUUCUUUUUGACAUUUAUUAUGUAACUGCAUACAGUAUACACUUAAGUCUUACUACUGAGUGGAUUGGACUUAAUUGAUUGUUUUCCUCUCUUAUUCUUCCCAGACUGAAAGCAGAAGGAAAUAUCAUUUCAAAGUUUAUAAGUUGUUUACCUUUAAUUUCUUUCUUUAUUAUUGGUAUUUUCUUUGCUUUGUAUUCACAAAUCAACCACAUAUUGUAAAAAAAUAACAGUUUUCAUCAAUCUGCUAAAUGGUCACUGAGAUGGAACAAGACCUUUGAUUGUGAUACACUCAGCAAAGCAUUGUUGUCAUACCUGAGGGGUAGUACUUCUUUGCCUGCACACUCUAUUCUGUUGCAACAUUGUCACAAACCCUUUGUUUCUGGAUUCAGUUGGUAUUGUUCCAAUGCAAAUGUUAAAUCCAAUUUACUAAAAACCGGGUCAAACCGGGAACUUAACAAGUGCCUUUUGUCCAAAACCCAGUAAUCACAGCGGCACAAUGGAGUUCUAGCAGAUGAAUUACAGGUGCAUAAUAAAUCACUUCUCACUGGACUACUGCUAUAGAUUAUAUAGAUUAUUGAUAUUUCCUUCAGCUUGCUUUGUUUUCACUGCAGUGUGCAUUUUUGUUGAUUGUUUUAUUACAGUAUCACUUAUAAUUGUAUGUGUUUAUAUGAGAGAGUUCUAUUCAGAUACCAUAUCAGUGUAUAUGUGCUGACAAAUUGUACUUCAUUAAUGCUUGUCUUUGUCCAUUUGUUGCAAUUUCUUCAAUGAAAUGAUUGAAAUGUAACUAAUAUUUAGUUGCCAGGCCAGUGCGUCUGCUCAAGUAUUACCACAUACUGCCUACAUAGGCUUCUAUUCUUUAAAAUAAACAAGGAUCAUUAAA